UUGGAGAUAUUCGGGUAUUUUUCUCCCUGUGUAUAAUAAUUGUAACGCGUCUGUGCGCCUCUGCAACCCCGGCUUCUCGUCACCGAGGGCGGCUGCAGCGAAGAGGGGCUUCAUCAGUGUCACGAAUCCGGUUUUCCCCAACCCUUUGCCGGCAGAGAGGGUGGGGAGGACCGGGGACAGGGUCAGUGGAAGAUUUCCUACAGCUCGGCUGGACUCUUGAGGACGCGCAAGCCACUGUAUCCAAAAACCUCUGGAUUUUAUCUACUGAAAGACAAGCCAAUGUGAGCUCAGCUGCCGUCCAGCUCUGUCGAUUGACUUGGCAACUGUCCACUGCACCACUCAGAUUGUCCUCUCCAUCCAGUCACGUUUGUGUUCAGAGAGUCUGCCUACCAUCAGUCAGUUUUCUCCUGUGUUGGUGUAGUCUGAUGGAUCAGUAUGUCUACCACUAAUAAUAUCGCCCAGGCCAGGAAACUGGUGGAACAGCUGAGGAUUGAGGCAGGGAUUGAACGCAUUAAGGUGUCUAAAGCAGCAGCAGACCUGAUGAGUUACUGUGAGCAGCAUGCUCGUAGCGACCCUCUGCUGGUCGGGGUUCCCACCUCCGAAAACCCUUUCAAGGACAAGAAACCCUGCAUCAUCCUAUAGCUGCGCUACGCUCCUCCUGCCCUCACACUCACACACACAUACACAGACAGACACACACUCACACAUUCAGUACUUAAAUUGAUCCCCAGACUUCCCCAGACACACACAUGCAGACACACACUUCAAGCAGCCCAUCUAGCAUACACACACUCAUAGAAACACACACACACUCCCAAAAUAGCCACUCUGGAAAAGCGCCAUACCCCGGAGCCACAGCUAGGGGGCAGGUAUCUUGUGCUCACAGUGGCUGAGAUCAGUAUAUCACUGAGUAUGAUCCAAGGUGCUUUGGUAAUAUUCACAUAUGCUGGUAAAUUAACUACAAGUGUCAGCUUAACUUGAAAAGGGAUUUGGACAUUAAUAAUUAGUAGGAAACCAGGAUUUUGUUUUUCUUUUGUCAUGAAAUGAGGGGUUGGGUAAAGGACGGACAGCAGUGCCAUAGGCAAGGAGUGGGAGGAUGCAUGUGGGCAACUGAAAUGGUUGGUAGGUGCUCCUGCCAAUCGUGCCAAACACGACCUAGUGUCCCAUUAAAAGCGGAAUAAAUGCUUUUUGUUUGAGGCAGUUAAAAAAAGGUCUGAGAGCUUUUGCCCUUGAACCUGCCUGUGCUAGAUCAUGGCAGGUCAUUUUGGAGUGAGUGGCUGAAGCCUUUGCCUUUACUGGGCUAGCAUGUUCCCACCCAAACCUGUACCAACAGACCUUCUCUGCCUGUGGCCUCACUAAGGCCGUUUGCAGCCUUUGGCCAAACCUCCAUCUGUGCCAUCAUGUACAGAAAGCCGUCUCUAGAUGCUGAUCUGCCGUCACAGAUUCAACUGCAGUUCAUUACGGCUGCUGUUGGUUGAAGUCGAUGUCUAAGCUGACCUCAGAUCUGCACCUAUGAGGGGAACAUAGUGAACUGCUCUACACAGAACUCAAGCUAUAAACCCUGGACGUUUACUGCAUUUUUCUUAAGAAAUACUUGUUUGUGAACUCAAUGUAUGUUUUGAUAUUUUGUUGAAGCAUUACUAAGAUAAUACUGUAUUUCUUUUUUUCUUUUUUUUAUCGUUUAGCUUUGGCAUAGGUGUUGCACCUGGCUGAUCAGGUUUUUCUCUGAUGAAACUACAGGCAAUCUGGUCGUAGGCCAGGGGUAAUACCUGACCAGAUACCCGUGAGGAUCUUAAACAAACGUUUCUGUACAUCAAACCUCCCUGUGCUUUAAACCUGAGAGAGGGCGAGGUCGCUGACCACACCUGAGAAUCAGUCUGUGAGGACUGCAAAGCUGGAGGAGAAAUCCCAAACUUAAAAUGUAAAAGUGAAGCUGUCCCUUUCCUGCCUUCUCUACUUAUGUUUGAUUCUUUCAAUUGGUAGUUUUUAUAAGCUUAUAAGUGAAGGAAAAGAAGAGAAAUGCAUUGUAUAGUGCAAAGAUGGAGGUGUUUUUUUUUGGUUGCCUCUACAGUCAAGAAGCAGGGAUGUGUAUUGUUUUAAUGCAAAAUAAUUCUGGCUUUAAAUCCGAUUAGAAUAAGCAUGACCUGGCCUUACCAGUCUUUAAAGUUUCCAGUGUCCCCAUUAGACAAGCCUGCUUUCCGCGUGAGCUCGAACUGGUCAGGGACUGGAUCGGUAAGAGCAAGCAGCCCCCUCUUGGUUUCCUCCUCUCCUCGACAAUGCUCCUCCUCUAUGACAAACCAAACUUGAUUGUAAAAACUGAAGACGACGUGAGAAAAAAAAAAAAAUUAAGUCAAGAGAAACAAACCAAGUGUAUAAACUUUCUUUCAGACAUGUGCAGAAGUGAUAAGUUGAAGAGUAGCUGUUUUGGGUUUAUUUUUGAGUUUUUUCUUUCUAUGGAGUCCAUGGAACCUGGUCAGUUGAGUAUUACCCUGUACAGUGUUUGUAAGAUACAAAAUCUAAACACAGAAUCCCCUUCUGUGGAUGUUGGAUUUUUUUAGUACUACUUAUUCUGUUCUGUCAGUCAGAAUCAUGUCUGUCUUCAUUUUUUAUUUUUAUUUUUUGUCAUUCAGGUUUUAGAGGCCUGUGAUAGCGGAGGAUGGUUUUAACCACAUACAAAUACAAACGCCUGAUGAGGAUAUAUUGGAAUAAUGUUGAGAUAGAAUCAAACGCCCUGUUAGGUUUAGGAUCAUAUCCCGUUAGAGGAUGAAUCAACAUCGGACCUCAUUUCAGUGGCAAAAACCAACCUCCUGAUCUAUCCUUUAACACCAGAUAAGCCCACAAGUUUUUCAAGUGUUGGUUUGGGUGGGCAAAAGGCAACUAGGACAACACACACAUGCACAUUACACAUGCUCCCUUUUGCAGUUGCCUUUUAGGUUUGAUUGUCAAAGGUUAAAGGAGUGGUAGGCUCAGCAUUGUGCGCUGCUUUUGACGGUUAAUUGCUGAAAGAAGGGAGCUUUGUGCCAUCAUAUUUACAUUUGGGCAUUUAGCCGAGGCUUUUGUCAGGCGUAACAUACAGUGACAGAGCAGGGUGGAGACAUUUAGAAAGGACGAAUGGCUGCUGACGGACAGUGAGGGGAGUUGAACCUGCGCCUUUUCUGUUCUCUAAUCACUAGGUCAGUAUGAACUACCUGCUAUUUGGGAGUCAGGAGUUUUUUUUAGAGGUGAUGAGAGGUGCGUUUGCCUCUUGAUGCACACGGUUUGAAAAGCAGACAGUCUGUUGGAGACAACUUGCAAAAAAAAAUGUUUGUGUCCGUAACGUAAAUAUGAAGCUUCAGCCAGCAGCCAGUUGGCUUAGCUUAGCAUAAUGACUGGAAACAAAGGUAUCCUAAAUCCUAAUCAACGUGGGUAAAAAAGGCAAGUUUUUACAGGGGGCUGAGCUUCAAAUGUGUUGACUGGCUGUUAUUUUUUUGGGUUUUGGAUGGUUUUGGAUAGUUUCCACCUGUCUUUAUGCUAAGCUAAGAUAACCUGGCUGCUGGCUUUACUUUCAUAUUUAACGGAAAGACACGAGAGUGAUAUCAAUCUUUUUAUCUAACUCUCAGCAAGAAAGCGGGUGCUAAUGUUUGGUAGCUAAAAAAGAUGAUUUGGCAGAGCAGUAGGCGGAGAAGAGAAAACAGAGGUGCACGCAUUUGUGUGUGUGGUCUGUGUGUGUGUGUAUUUGUGAGAGCCAGUGUGUAAGAGCACACAGUGCCUCUAGUGCUGUGCAGAGGGUCACAUAGUAAUGUUACAGUACUGCAGCCCUGCAAUUCCAGGUCAGGGUUAAUUUGACCUUAGAAGAGGUCAUGUGAUGUCAUGUUGAGUCAGAACAGCAUGUAUGGCCUCCACUCACUCUUUCUAUCAGUCAAAGGUUAGUUAGCACGUUCCGGAGAGGAGGAUUCAGUCCCGAGCUAAAAUUGUUCAGUUGGAGUGUGGGAAGCUAUUUUCGAUGUGAUGACCAAUAGUAACCCCAAUAAUAGUCACAAAGCUGAAAAAUUCAGUUCUUGGAAGAAGACUCAGCUUUAUAUGUGCCUGACUCAGCUACAUUAUAUUAGCUGCAGUUUAUUGUCACCACUCAUUUAAUCCUUAGUGACCUAAAGGAAUAGUUUGACAUGUUGGGAAAUAUGCUUAUUUGCUUAUUUGCAGAGAGUGAGAUGAGAGGAUCAAUAACACUCUCAUUUCUGCACGUUAAAUAUGAAGCUAAAGCCAGCAGCUGAGUAGCAUCCAGCUCACGCUCCACAACAUCGCUCCACAAGGUCCAGUUUAUAAACCCCUGUUUACACUCUGGUUCUUGUACAGGUUAAACAAACUAGAUAUAAUGUAUUAAUUAGUGACCUUUAGAGUUGCUGGAGAACUUUUGUUACCACAGCAAGCCUGACGUCUCAUCUGAACUAACCUCUGUUCCAUCGGCGUCUGUUACACAGUGCAAUCUCCCAUUCAGCAUUUCUUGCAUCAACUACAGCCUUUGCUAUAAGAAAUGGAAAUCCUUGUGAUUUCAACAAGAUUGAACAAUAAUAACUUUGUGAGUGCAGAAAAAACUACAGGCAGUACAAGCAUGGCAGCACCAGCACUUGACACAUGUCAUUGCAACUUGAUUUUUUCCAUACCCACAGUAAUUUUCCAACUUCAUAGUUGUAAUCUUGCCUGUCUAAAAACCUUUACAGUGUUACGUACUCUCUGUCCUGCUGUUGUUACAGAUAUGUGCUAGCAUGAGCUAACCACAAUAUGCUCAUGGACUCGGCUAUUCAGUCAAACCCUGACAUUUAGCCUGAAUUUGCAUAGGGUUUAUGGGAAAGUGUGCUUGAGCCACACAACAUAAUGUUGACAAAGGCUCUGUUAGCUUUGUUACAAAUGUCAAUGGGAUUUUGAAUGAGGCUUUUCACUUCAGCUCUCUUUAGCAUUGCUAUAGCCUAGUUCUCUGUACAGAGCUAGGCUAGCAGUUCCCCCCUGUUUCUAGUCUUUAUGCUAAGCUAGGCUAACCAGCUGCUGGCUGCUAGCUUUAUAUUUAGCUAACAGACUUGAAAGUGGUUUUGAUAUUCUCAUCAAACUCUCAGCAAUUGAUCCAUUAAGAAAUAAUGCAAAAUGUCAAAUGCCUUUAUCUAAUCUGUAGAAAUAAUGGAAGGGAUGGUUAGACCUGAUUUAUGUGAUAUGAAUAGUGACCUUUCAUCAAAAUAAAAGUAACAAGCUUAAUAAAUAUUAUAACUGUACAAACAAACCUGACUGAAAACUGCAGUGGGAGGUAGAAAGUAACUCAGAAUUACUGAUUUGGGAUAAGUUUGUAGUGCAAGAUUGGGGAAAUAACUGAUUCAUUGUUAGUGUUUGGGAGAGAAAUGGCAGUUCUUUGUUUGCCAUUUGGUGCAGCAGAAGAUUCACACAGCAUAAAAUAAGCAUGCAUACAUAUCAGUACACACACAUACACACACUGAUGUUGUCCUGGAGAUAUUUUUUUACCAUCAUUGUUUUUCCAAUCAUUCCAUUGCUGGUUGGGCUUAAAAUCAGAUACAGCCGGCCUAAAUCGCUGGUUUGGCUGACAGUUUGUCUGAUUGGUUGGUUGUUAGUUUGCCUUAUAGUGGCGUAUAUUGUGUUAAUGCUGGUCUUGGGGUUAUCAGAUCAACAGAAUGAACAGUGUUAAAGUGGAACACAUGGCUCGAGAUGGGAAUCCACUGUGUUGUGACACAAAGCGAGCCCGGUGAAAUUCAUUUCUAGUCAAGUGGGGAGAGUUGAGGCUCCUCACUGCUGGACUGAAAUUUAAACAUCACUGAAUCAGCUCUGAGCCCUUCCCGAGACUCAUCUUUUGUGUUCUGAUCUCCUGUGUAUGCAUACAGUAUAUGUAUCUUUUUGCCUUGAUUGAUUAUGAAGAAAAUAUAUCUAUUUUUUGUAACUGUUCUCUGAUGUGCCAUAACUCAUGUUUUCUUGCACACUGUUAAUAUUUUGUGGAUAUUGCUGUUAAAAAGAUGAUAUUGAGAAGUAGAUAACAUUAAUAAAAAGAUGAUAUAAUAACAAA